AUGGCUGAGUUUAUGGGUUGGGUUGUGACGGAGAUGGAGCUACAAGUGGUGGCUGAUGUGCAACGGAUAUUGUUUUCUAUGUGGGAGGCCAGGAAUAAACUGAUUUUUGAGGAGAAACCUUUGUCUAUGGCCUCGAUUUUGGCUCGGGCGACUACCCUAGUUUGCCCCCCCCCCCCCCCGUCAUCGUUCUUCUUGGCGAAUGGUGGGCAGGGUCAAGGGCCAGGGAAGUGGGUCCGUCCUGCGGUUGACAUUGUGAAGGUCAACGUGGAUGCUGCAGUGGGGAGGGACAAGAUGGCGGGGUUUGGUAUGGUGGCGAGGGACAACGCCGGUGAGGUGCUCGCGGCUGCUGCAAAAUUUGCAACACUUGCUCUUUCUCCAACGGUGGCUGAAGCUUUGUGUCUUAGGUGGGCUAUGGAGUUGUCUGUGCAUCUUGGCUUCAGACGCGUUCAGUUUGAGACAGAUUACUUACCUCUUUUUCAGGCUUGGAAGAAGGCGAAUGGAACUUCUUAUUUAUUUUCAAUUAUUUAUGAUUGUCGUAGUUUACUUUCAGCCAUUGAUUAUGUUGAUUUUUCUUUUGUUCGCCGCCAAGGGAAAUUUUGUGCUGACUAUCUUGCCCGACAUGCCUUUACCUUUCAGGAUGUUGUUUGGAUAGAGGAGGGCCCGCCAGGACUUUCUAGUUUUUUGUGUUCCGAUAUAUUGGCAUCUAUGCCGGAUUCUACUUGA